AUGGCAGGCGGUCCCGCACCUACAGGUCCUUCAGCCUCGCCGUUGGGCCAGGCUUGGGGUUAUGGUAUCGUACUUGGUAUUGGGUUCUUGUUUGCACUUGGCAUGGUCUUCACAACAUGGGUGCUCAGAAGAUACAACAAUGAGUUGCAGACUUCCGAAAUGUUCUCGACGGCCGGUCGAACUGUCAAGUCUGGUCUUGUCGCUAGCGCUGUUGUCUCGUCUUGGACUUGGGCUGCGACUUUGCUGCAGUCGAGCAGUGUAGCUUUCAGAUAUGGUGUCUCCGGUCCCUUGUGGUAUGCCGCUGGUGCGACCGUACAAAUUCUGCUGUUUGCAACUGUCGCCAUUGAGUUAAAGAGGAGAGCACCGAACGCCCAUACCUUCCUUGAGGCAGUUCGCGCACGCUAUGGAACUGCCACCCAUUUCGUAUACAUCACAUUUGGUCUCUUUACUAACAUUCUCGUCACAGCUAUGCUGCUCACUGGUGGCUCGGCUGUCGUAUCUUCUCUGACCGGUGUUCCUACCGCCGCUGCUUGCUUCCUCCUCCCUCUCGGUGUUGUCAUCUACACGAUGUUUGGUGGUAUUAAGGCCACUUUCCUCACCGACUACGUUCACACCGUCAUCUUGCUCGUCAUCAUCCUGACCUUCGCCUUCACGACCUAUGCGACCGGAGAUAGACUGGGAUCGCCGAGAGCUGUGUACGAUGCGCUACAGGAUCUCUCAUCGCAUACACCGGUGGUUGGCAACGCUGGAGGAAGCUACUUGACCAUGAGGAGUAAGGAAGGGGCCAUCUUCUUCGUCAUCAACAUCAUCGGCAACUUCGGUACCGUCUUUAUGGACAAUGGAUACUACAACAAAGCCAUUGCUGCCAGUCCGGUCCAUGCACUACCUGGAUACAUUAUUGGAGGACUUUCGUGGUUUGCGAUUCCCUGGCUUUGCGCAACAACAAUGGGUCUCGCCGCUCUUGCUCUUCAAGGAACGCAAUACUUCCCCACAUAUCCGGACCCAAUGGCCGACGCAGACAUCAGCGCCGGCCUCGUCCUUCCUUACGCCGCCACCGCCAUUCUUGGAUCUGGAGGCGCCGUCGCGACCCUUUUAAUCGUCUUCAUGGCCGUCACCAGCGCCUUCUCCGCGCAGCUCAUCGCCGUCUCAUCCAUCCUCACAUACGACAUCUACAACACCUACAUCAACCCCAAAGCCAGCGGCAAGCGCCUCGUCUACACCUCGCACACCUGCGUCGCCGGCUUCGGACUCGUCAUGGCCGCCUUCUCCACCGGUCUGCAUUACGCCGGCAUCAGCAUGGGCUACCUCUACCUCUUGAUGGGUGUCAUCAUUUCCUCCGCCGUGCUCCCCGCUACCCUGACACUGAUGUGGAAAGGCCAGAACUUCUGGGCCGCUACGCUGUCCCCCGUACUAGGUCUGUGCUGCAGCAUCAUCGCCUGGCUCGUCACAACCGCCAAACUCAACAACGGCGUCAUCAACGUCGAGACCUCCGGCGCAAACAACCCCAUGCUGGCUGGCAACGUCGUCGCGCUCCUCUCACCCGCUAUCUUCAUUCCGCUCCUGACUCUGAUCUUCGGCGUCGCGGACUACGAUUGGGUCUCCAUGAAGAACAUCCGUCUCGUAGACGACUCCGAGGUCGCCGCCGCCGCGCAUCUCGACCCCGAAGCCCUUGUUGGCCGACACACCGAACUGUCUCCCGAGGCAGAGGCAGCAGAGCAAGCGAAACUCUUCCGCGCAUCUAAGAUUGCGAAGAUUACCACCGCAUCUAUGACGCUCAUCCUCCUCGUCCUCUGGCCAAUGCCGCUGUACGGCACGGGCUAUAUCUUCAGCCCCAACUUCUUCGCGGGAUGGGUCGUGGUCGGGAUUAUCUGGCUCAUGUGCUCCACGCUUGCGGUCGGUGUGUAUCCACUUUGGGAGGGGAGGAUGAGCUUGAAGAGGAACUUUGGCGGGAUGUGGAGAGAUGUUACUGGUAAGGGGCCGAAGAGGCAUGGUGAGCAUAUUGAGGUUGUUGAAGGGAGGAAGACGGCGGAGUCGGGCACGCAUACGCCUAAGGAGGCGGCAGCUGACGAGAAAGCGAUGGAGGUGAAGUAAACUGUG